AUGCCCCCCAAGCUGCCACUUAUUCUCCGACCAACAACCAAAGUUCUCCGUGAGCAACUCCACCAAUUCGAGGCGGCGGCGCAAGCACUCCAGCUCGAGCGAGAUUCACUUGAAGACCGACUCAGAGGCGUCCAGGAGAGAAUCAACUUUAACGACGACAAAAUCCGCGGCAUCAUGAAUGAACUCGACGACAGACUCUUCAAGGAACAUCGUUCGCAGAGUCAGCCCGACUUUCAACGCAGAGUCAUUGGUGACGACUUUGUCAUCGACGGUAUCUGCACCAAGAUGCACGGCAACCCAAAGUUGAAGAGUGCGAUAGAGGCAAUUAGCCAGAACCACGGGACAAUUGCCGACAACAACCUCCUGCUCAUGGCGAUAUUGACCGAACUGAGUGGCGAACCUUAUUACUUUGCUCACAACGUCGCUCUUCGUAUCGUGGAGUACAAUCAAACCAAAGAACAGCAGCGUCAGAAAGUCCCUGUUCUUCCCAGCUUCACAUCUGCCUCACCGGCCCCCGUCAAUCCGUACUUACCUGCCGUUGAGGCCACAGCUGCCCAAAGCCCGAGCAUCCGAGUAGCCAGAGAUGCGUCCGUCGUCUCAUUGCUCUCGCCCUCCAUCAAGUCCGAGAGUAGCUCUUCCGCCCAUCCUUACAAUGGUGCCAGUGCUCUGCCAACCCGUGCUGCAUCUGCCCUAGCCAGCACUCCUGGCCUAUUUUCUUCGCCGGUUGCGACCACUGCAAUCCCCCCAGCAGAUCGAGGAAGUGUUAUCGCACACGGAAUGUCAACUCUUCAGAAGAGUUUCCCGGGAUUUCUUGAGACAUUGAAAAAACCCUCAACGACCCGCAUCCCCAAGGCCCCGCCUGCGGCGGCUGAUGCUGGUGCUACUGCGGGCGCGAAGCGUGGCAGGGACGAUGAAACAACCCCAAGUCCAGGUGCAGUCAAACAAGGCAAGAAGGCCAGACUCGAGAAGGAACCAGCCAUCGCGCAUACCUUUGUCAUGUUCAUGAAACACCUCGAACAACUCCAUCAGACCAGCCAGGACAUAUCCGAAAUCCUCAAAUGUUCCCGCUGUCACGCCGCCAAGCGCGACGUCCGAGUCCUCAACUGCCUGCAUUUGUACUGCCAUCGUUGCAUCCUUCAGCUCCGAACUGAAGCGCAAAAGGGGGACGCGAUCCGGGGCUUUCAGUCAUUCUGCGUGAAGCCUGGCUGCGAGCAAGUUGUCAGCGGCAAGACAACCGUGAUUGAUGGCGAGAUCAUCGAAUUCUUGGAGUGGUACGACAAACAGUCGCCUGCAGUCACAUCUCUUCCGGCACAAAUCAAUGUCCUCAGCUCUGCGGCGGCCAAGUAUCCCGAGGACGACGAUAUCAAGCGCAAGUUGGAACAAACGGAGAUGCAGUACGAAGCUCUUCAGGCUAACGCCGGAACGGACAUGACCUGCGAUCUCAUGCAGAUUGCGAAGUUGGCGAGGAAGCCUUACUGA